AUGGUUGAAUUGAAAGAUGAUAUGAGUUUGAAGUCGCAUCCAACAGAAGCAGAGUCAGAAAAGUUCAAGUCAGAUGACCAAGUGACAAUAAAAAAUGAAUCAGCAAAAAGGAGAGAUGGUGACGACAACGCUGCUGGCAGCAUUGUUCCUAUUGUUAGACAUUCGUCAAGUUUUGAGAAAAUAUCCACUUUGGACUUUGACGUAUUGUCGUUUGUAAACGAACAUUGUUCUAGUCGCUCUUGUCGCUGCAGGAAGUCUCAAAAACGUUCAACAAAAGUUUUUGACGAUUUAUUAGAUAGCAGCAACGUUUUUGGCCCCAGCAGUCCGAAAUUGCUCAAAUUGAAAUCGAACACUGAACUUGCCUCUCCCAAUAAAUUUUCUGAUUUUACAGUAACUGACAAAACAUUAAAGUGUAAAAAACUGUUUGGAGUUUCAAACAAAGUUAUUAAGAGUCAUUCUACAGAAAACACCAAAUCAUCAUUUGACUUGAAGUGGCCAUCAUUAGAAAGCAAGUUCAGGUUGCAAGACUUCAGGAAUCUGGUUAAUGUGGCAUUUAAGAAAGAAGAUAUUAACAGCAUCAACAAUGCCACCAACAUAUUUAAUGGUGUAAAUUUUAAAACAAUACAAUGCAAUGCAAGCAAACAUUUCUUAAAUAAUGAAGGUAAAAAGAAUUAUGUUGGCUGCUCUAAUUUACAAGCAGACAAAAUUAUUGCAGCUUCUCAAUUUCCCACUGCUGAAAAUAGUUUAAACAAAACAUCUUCAUCAUUCGGUACUCACUCUGACAAAAGCUUAUCUUCUAAAUUACUAGACAGCUUACAGCAGCAGCAACAACAGCCACCUGAACAAGCACAACAACAACCGCUUCAACUAUUAUCUUCAUGUUCUCAGGAAGCAUUUUCAGUGAACGUGGCAAACACAUUGCCAGGCAAGGAUGAGGAUGAUUGGACCAUGGAGGAGUUAUCUUGCUACUUUGAUGACCUCUGCCACAUACCAAAAAAUAUGUCCGAAAUGGCAAAAAUGAUGUACGCCUAA